AUGAAUGAAACUACAGACAAACUUAACUCUUCUCUUAUUCUUCCUUUCAGUAAGGACUAUGAGUUCUGUUCAAAUGGUGUUUAUUUCUAUUGUGGAAAGAUGGGUUCAGGUAAGACAUUUAACCUCAUUCGUCAUAUACUCAUAACAGAGCGUUUAGGAAAUGACUCAUAUUAUGACCAAAUCAUUAUAUCAGCAACUUCAGACUCUAUGGACUCAACAGCGAAAACAUUUAUGUCAAAAGUUCAAGCCUCUGUCGUUAAAGUUCCAGACAGUGAACUCAUUGAAUUUCUUCAACGUUACAUUCGACGUAAGAGGAAAUAUUAUGCCAUCGUAGAGUUCAUACAGUCAGGAAUGCAAAAGACUUCUGAGGAGAUGGAAAGAAUUAUUGACAAACACCACUUACGUCAGU